AUGGCUCUUAUUUUCAGUGAGCUGACAACUUCCGUGGUAUCAGGCGAAAGCGAAAAGCCGACAUGUCGCUACACUCUACACAAGGAUUCUGCCAAUGGACCUCUGAUAAAACUUGCUCAAGUGGGCGACAUCAUUUACCAUGUGUGGGAUUGUCCAUCUGAAGUGUACGGAAUGAUGAUACACGACUGUUCCAUUGUUGACGGACAAGGCAACAACCAUACCGUCAUUGAUUCACAAGGAUGCUCAACGGACACGUUCCUCAUGCCUGAGCUCACUUACUCGUCUGACCUCACGAGUCCUCACAGUGAAGUACAAACGGCUGCGAGUGCCUUCAAUUUUCCUGAUCAACAAUCGGUCUACUUUAAUUGCCAAGUUCGAAUCUGCUACAAAUUGGACGAGGGAUGCACAGAUAUAACGCCUCCACGUUGCGGACCGCUAAGUUCACACGACGAUAGCCUUGCCAACGACCUCGACAGCGACCAGCUCAUUACUCCCACACAAGCGUCGGCAACAACUACAGCGACUUGGUCUACAACGACGCCGUCCCCGUCGACUACUUAUGGACCUGUGGCCACCACAGCGCAAUCAACAACCGUAUACACAACCGUUACCGAGCUGACGUCUACCGCAGGGGUCGAAAUACUGAAGCUCUACCAACCAACGCCCGUAUCGUUAAUUCGUGCGAACCACAUUCCCGAACACGAUGGCGACGUUGUCGAGAGCGAUGUCGUACAGCUGAAAAGGGAGAUGCGGCGACGAGAAGCGGAAGCGAUCGACGUCGACAUCUCCUCACCGGAACUCACCAUUAUCGACAAGGACAUUGCUGCUGAGCUACCAGAAGCCCUUCAUUCCCAGACAUCAGGAGCGCCUGCGUCAGCCGUUUGUGUGCCGUUGGUUGGCUUUUGGCUUCUCGCUGGACUAAUAGUACUCUGUUGUUCUAUCAUUGGUGCCUCUUUGUGUUAUGCGCAGAAGCAACGCGACAAAUUCCACAUCAUGCCAUAG